AUGGCUGACAUUGCUAUGUUGGUUGCUGAGGAGUAUGAAAGGAGGGUCAAGAAUUCAAAAAAAGCUGCAGGUAGAGGAGAAGAAGACCUGGAGAUUAACUGGGUUUCUUACGCCUCCAUCAUGGGUCAGAGUAUCAAGAAUAAGAUAGGGAGAGAGAAAACAGAGCUUCUCAAGUUGAUUUUGGAGCCUAAGAGCCAGAUAGGUCUGGAUAGGAGCAAAUGUCAGACUCCUGAUUAG